GCGCAGGACAAGCGUGACAAGGCGCUGGAGGAGGCCGCGGGCGCUGAGGGGGGGCACGAGCAGACCCUGCGGGCGCGCUCCAACUCGGCGAUCCCCGCGGCAGCGGAGGACGAGGCCGCAACAUGGAAGGCGCCAGCUGCGGACCCCGACCUCUUCGCCAACCUGGAGCACUACGAAGCUGAGGAUGAAGAAAAGCUACUCAAGCUCAGGUCGGACAUGGGGGCCCUCGCAUCGCUGCUGGAAAAGGCGCGGAAACAGUACACGGGCUCCGCGGAGGCGAAGAAGCAGCGUCUCACAAUGCCAAGAAACGCAAGGCAUAAUCAGGAGCAGUGGCCGCAGAACCAGCGCGUCAACCUGAAGCAGAUUCAUCGCCGGCGGCAGCAGGAUCGACACCUUCGGCAGCUGCAGCGGAGCCGUCGGCAGCGGAAGGAAAGACUCGACAGUCUCACGAGCGACGCGAAGACCAGGGCAGUGGCAAGGGCGAGGGGGCUCCUGCUGCUGCUGGGGGCCGUCAUCUCCCGCGGGGGGACCUUUUCCAAUAUCACGCAGUGGGGCCCAAGGGCCCACGAGUACAUCAACGAGGGGGGCGCCGACAUGGGCAUCUUUAUGAUGUGCGAGACGCGCAUGCCACGCGGCAAGCUGAAUCAGGCGAAGGUGGGCGCGGCUAACAACGGCUGGAAGAUGGCGGGCGCAGCGGCGGUGCCCGCCAAACGCUUUGUGAAGGCGCCGGUGGGCCCAUGGGUGACCCUUGCAGAUUGGAAGGCGCCGUGCGAAGACAUCGCCAAGACGGGCUUCGCCCAGCAGAUAGGGGGCGCAUUCAUCAAGCCAGAUGUGGAGGUCACAUGCGACGCAGGAAACGGCAGCCUCAGAGAUUACGGCAUCACCAGGACGGACUUCAUCGACAAGGUGAAGCUGCAGGAGCUGGCUACGCCAGCCAAGCCGAAGAAGAAGGCAUACCCGAACAGUGAGAGGCGCGAAUGGGAGCUUUCCGGCGAGCUCAAGUUCUGGGGCGGAGACCUCAUUAUACGUGGACAGCGGCAUCGGUCGGCAGAGGCGGCGGCUACCAGGAUGCACGCAGAGUGGGCCACAUGCUUAGAGGAGCCGGCGAUCAUCGCAGACGAGAUCGCAGAAGAAGCUGGCCUACACCGAGGUCGCGCAGGAGGCUUCGAAGUAAAGUGGGUAAAGGCCCGAUCGACGCCAGGGAGAACGCGCGUGCAGUUCGGGCCAGCGGAGCAGUGGGGCAUCCUGAACGCGAUCCUCGUACUUUACCGCGCCCUCCACACCAACGGCACCGAUGGCAGGCAGCAGGCAAAGUGCUUAGCAGACGCGAAGACGCAGAGCAGGGCCCUGCAGAACAUGGGCCAGCCCUUCGUAUUUGGUAAGAAGUACGGAGAG